UAGGCGGGGCUCGGUACCGGGGGCUGCAAUCGGAACUUCCUACUGGGCUGGGCCUGGGGAGGGCUCUGGGACCUUGGUCUCCUGGAGCCGGCAAGUCGCCUUUGGACCAAGCAGGCCCCGCCUCGCCAUGGGGGAAGUGGAGAUCUCUGCCCGGGCCUACGUGAAGAUGUGCCUGCACGCCGCCCGAUACCCACACGCGGCGGUCAACGGGCUGUUGCUGGCGCCGGCGCCGCGGUCCAGAGAAUGCCUGUGCCUCACCGAUUGUGUGCCCCUCUUCCACAGUCACCUGGCCCUGUCCGUCAUGUUGGAGGUCGCCCUCAACCAGGUGGAUGUGUGGGGCACACAGGCCGGUCUGGUGGUGGCUGGGUACUACCAUGCCAAUGCAGCUCUGGACGACCAAAGCCCUGGGCCCUUGGCCUUGAAAAUCGCUGGACGAAUUGCAGAAUUCUUCCCUGAUGCAGUACUUAUUAUGUUGGAUAAUCAGAAACUGGUGCCUCAGCCUCGUGUGCCUCCAGUCAUUGUGCUGGAGAACCAAAGUCUCUGCUGGGUCCCCAAGGAUAAGAAUUUAGUGAUGUGGAGGGACUGGGAGGAGUCCCGACAGAUGGUGGGAGCACUACUGGAGGGCCAGGCAUACCAGCAUCUUGUGGACUUUGACUGUCACCUUGAUGACAUCCGACAGGACUGGACCAACCAACAGCUCAACACCCAAAUCACCCAGUGGGUUGGUCCAACCAAUGGAAAUGCCUGAGCCAGAGUUAGAGGUGUCAGGAUCCAAUAAAGAGACUUCGGCUGACAGGC